CACAACCAUCCAACAUCUUCCACGGAUGGAGCAGCAUCACACCGUGAGCUACACUCAGCCCUCUCUGUCUGCGUUCUACACCCAUCAGACACCCUUCCCCAGCUGGGACGGUCCCGUCAGGGCGGGUUCACCCCACAGCCUGCCCUCCUUCCUCCCGUCUGCCAUGUACCACGUGCUUUCAGAGGACGGCUCGUUUUUGUCCAGCAGGCCGCACUCUCUUCCAGGCAGCUGUAGUCCGAGUCUGGAGAGUCUGGAGUAUCCUAGAUCCCUGCGCUCGUUUUCUCCAUCAGCGAGCAUGUACCACCACCCCUCGUACCCUGAGACUUACCUGCGGCCGCCGUGCCCCCCGCCGCCUCACAUGAUUCCCCUCCAUCACUGCAGCUCCAGAGCCGGACAUCAGCCGCCCUACAGACCCUCAGGCCUGACGCAGUACAGACACAUGGACACACGCUUCUCUGAAAAUGGAAAUGCAUCUGUGAACUCCAGACAGGCCAGUCAGUGUGUCACACACCUGCCACAGGAACAGAGGAAAGUUUUUGUCACGUAUGAAGCCGACAGUGAAGAGCACUUGAAGGAGAUCAUUAAGUUCGUGUCUUUGCUGAGGAACAACGGCUUUGACACGCAUAUUGAUGUUUUCGAGCAGCAGCUGAACAGCAUCAGUAAGAUUGACUGCAUGGAGCGAUAUCUCAAUGAGAAAGAUUACCUGAUCAUCAUCAUCAUCAGCCUGAGGUAUUACGAGACCAUAUCAGGCAUGAAUAUCAGCGUGGAGGGCGACGAGAGGACCUCAAACACCGUGUACAUCCACAAACAGCUGCAGAGUGAAUUCAUUCAGAACGGUUGCAGGAACUACAGGUUCAUUCCUAUUCUGUUCCCGGGGGCUAAAAAGUGUUACGUUCCCACCUGGCUGCAAAACACGCACGUCUACAGCUGGCCGAAAGAUCGGGACGAUAUUCUGCGCAGGUUAAUGCGUGUGGAGAAAUACAACCCUCCUCCCAUCGGCCCUCUGCCGACCAUCGUCUCCAUUCCUCUUUAGAGAUCACCUACUACUUGACUAAUGACCGAGAACCAACACCAGCCACCAUUAACAUCUGCGUUUCCACUUAUUUGAUCAACUACUGAAAGUUAAAGGAAUUGGUUCAGCCAAAAAUGCUGGAAAUGUGCUCAUUCUCAAGCCAAAACUUGCUAAAAUACAAGUCCAUAAUCCAUAAUAACACUUCCUCCAGUGAAAAAUUGCAUCUUUUGAUGUUAA